UUAGGUGUGCGCUCGUUGGCCGUCGUGAGCCGAAUUGCUGUAGCAGUUAAUUGGUCAAAGAGUUAGAAGUUAUCUUCACUCCCGAAAACAUUCGCCAUGUCAGCAGCACGCCCACUCAACGCUCUCAGACGUUCCACCCAGCGCUCUUUCCGCCCAUCCUCCGUCUCUCGACGCUUCAACUCUACCGUUCCCCCUCCUCCCCCUCCACAGCCUCCCGCCGGCAUCUCCUCCGCGUGGUACGCCCUCUCUCUCGCCAUCUUCUGCGGAGCUGGCUACCUCGUCGGUAAUGUCAACUCGCUUCCUCCUUCUACAGCACUGCAAGAAUCUUCUGUUGGUAUCGCUCAUCAGAAAGCACACCAACCUUCGUACGGUUCCCACAAGGACUACGUAGCUGCUAUCAACGAUCUCAAAGCCAGCUGGGAGAAGAAGGGUAAAGGCGACAAGGUCAGCACUGAUGACGCCGACCUUGAAACACACGGUGUGAGCGACUGGUCUUACCAUCCUGCCAAGAAACCGACCGUAGUUGUUUGGGUUGACACUACCGAAGAAGUCCAGGAAGUUGUCAAAUUAGCCAACAAGUAUAAGGUCCCUAUCACCCCCUUCUCAGGUGGAACUUCUCUUGAAGGCCAUUUUAGCAGUCCUUAUGGUGGUAUCUCUCUGGACAUUUCUGCGAUGGACAAGAUCAUCGAGGUUUCCGAGCUUGACGGUGAAGCCAGAGUACAAGCCGGUGUGAAAUGGGAAGACCUUAAUGCAUAUCUCAAAGAAAAGGGCGUCCCAUUGUUCUUCCCUCUCGAUCCCGGACCUGGUGCUACUAUCGGUGGUAUGGCCGGUACGGGAUGUAGUGGUACCAACGCUGUCCGGUACGGUACCGCCAAAGCUGAAUGGUUUUUGAACCUCACCGUUGUCCUCCCCACUGGGGAAAUCAUCAAAACCCGUUCCCACGCGCGUAAAUCCGCUGCCGGCUGGGAUGCUACAAAACUCUUCAUAGGAGCUGAAGGUACAUUCGGUAUCGUCACUGAAGCCACACUCCGUCUCGCGCCUCUCCUGCCUACCAAAUGUGCAGUCGUCACUUUUGACGGUGUGGAGGAAGCUGUCCGGGCUGCGACAGAGGUUGUGAAUGCCGGAUACCCUGUGCAGUGUGUAGAAUAUAUGGAUGCGAGGACGAUGGAAGCGAUCAAUAAGGGUGGACUGGCGGGAAGACAGUACAAGCCUGUCGACUCUUUAUUCUUCAAGUUUCAGGGAUCGGACCACUCUAUGGCCGAAGUCUCCCAAGGAGUCAAAGCUCUCGUCGCCAAGCACGGCGGAAAGAACUUUGAGUUCUCAGCAUCCGACGCUGAGGCCGACGCCCUCUGGCAGGGACGUAAAACCGCCCUGUGGAGUGUUUUGGGGUUGCUUGAGGACUCGAAGGUCUGGACGACCGAUGUUUGCGUGCCGAUCUCCAAAUUACCGACUCUCGUACAAGAGACUUCUGAAGACUUUGAGAAACGCGGUCUCGUGGCAUGCCACUUUGGUCACGUAGGUGACGGCAACGUACACUCCCUCGCCCUUUUCCGAGACGAAGCCGAACUCCAUCGAGUCGAGGUCGCAGUCCACGAAAUGGUCGAGCGCGCUAUCCGUCUAGGUGGAACAUGUUCCGGCGAACAUGGUGUGGGAUUGGGUAAAAUUGAUUAUCUGCCACUGGAGUUGGGGGAUGGUACUGUUAAUUUGAUGGAGACUAUAAAGAGGACUGUCGACCCGUUCAAUUUGAUGAAUCCCGGGAAAGUCUACCCCAACAUCAAGCCCAAGCAUCAGUAAAAAGAGAAAAGAACAUUACUUACAAGCAACUCGUUCCCUCGAAUAGAAUACAUUUCGAUACACCAAUUAAUCUUCUUUUGGGAUCACUGCAACAUUAUGCAUGGUAUUGUAGUGCAAAAAGGCAAACGGUUGAGAUGUGGUAUCUGGUUGUGAGUGGGGAUAAUACUGUUGAGCUGAUUUGGAAAGAUGUCUAUAUGUAUCUCUAAAACUUCGAAAAACACCUUGCGUAAUAUGCUUGCGCCUCGUAUGCAAAAGAAAUAA